CCGGAAGUAGCCGGGUCGCGCGCGCGUUGUAACACGUUAGAAAGAAAGGAGAGGAAACAGCAGCGCGCGGGUCAACCGCUAUCACUGGAGUUUUCGGACACGCGCAUGCGCGCACAAGGGGCCGUCCCUGAGCGCGCGCCGGUUAUUGGCCGCCGGUGAACUUUGCGACAAGAGAUGCUGUGUGAGCAGCGCGCGAGCCUUCACUCGGGAGCAGAGCGCGUUCUGACCGCACCGGGACCGACUUCCGGUAUCUCACUGUCAGCGUGACGCGGAGGCAUGGCGGAGAAACGGGUCUCGCGCUGGUACUUCGGCGGCAUCGCCUCGUGCGGAGCGGCGUGCUGCACGCACCCUCUGGACCUGCUCAAGGUGCACCUGCAGACGCAGCAGGAGGUGAAGAUGAGGAUGAUGGGGAUGGCAAUGCAUGUGGUGAAGCACGAUGGUGUUCUGGCGCUCUACAACGGUCUCAGUGCCUCCCUCUGCAGACAGAUGUCUUACUCUCUGACCAGGUUUGCGAUCUAUGAGACAGUCAGGGACAUGAUGGGCAGUCAGGGGCCAAUGCCCUUCUACCAGAAAGUCCUGCUGGGGGCAGUCGGAGGAUUUACAGGAGGUUUCAUUGGGACACCAGCAGACUUGGUUAACGUCAGGAUGCAGAACGAUAUGAAGCUUCCUCCGGAGCUCAGGAGAAACUAUAAGCACGCUCUGGAUGGGCUGUACAGGGUGUGGUGUGAGGAGGGAACGAGGAAGCUGUUCUCAGGAGCCACCAUGGCGAGCAGUAGAGGAGCUCUGGUCACUGUAGGACAGCUAGCGUGUUAUGAUCAGGCGAAGCAGCUCGUGCUGACGACAGGAUUCCUGGGAGACAACGUUCUCACUCACUUCCUGUCCAGCUUCAUCGCCGGAGGAUGUGCUACGUUCCUGUGCCAGCCCCUGGAUGUGUUGAAGACGCGACUGAUGAAUGCUAAAGGCGAGUACAGGGGAGUGCUGCAUUGUCUGACUGAGACUGCCAAACUGGGACCACUGGCCUUCUACAAGGGUUUAGUUCCGGCAGGGAUCCGAUUGAUUCCUCACACGGUUCUGACCUUCUUGUUUCUGGAGCAGCUGAGGAAAUACUUCGGCAUCAGGGUGGUCAGCUGAGCCUCAAACCGUGACCUCGGCCCAUUAGGCCACUCCCACUGCAACAGUGACGAUCCUGGACUGAGCUGGAACUCGGAUGUGCUCUCUCUCUCUCACACACACACAUACAUACAUACAUACAUACAUACACACACACAUAUAUAUAUAUUUUAAAUAAAGGGGCAUUAGAUGUACCUGCACAGCAUGAAGUGUGUGAGAGAGAGAUUGAGAGAUCACCGCACACACACGAGUGUAGUCGGUGCGCCCUUUCUCUCUGUGUACAAUUACUGACUGUAGCCCAUCUAUUAUGCUGCACAAAGUAUUGGCACCCCACCCCUGUGUUUCAGUGAUAAGGGACCACCACUGAGGCGAUAUUACCUUACAAGAACAGAAAUAAAUCUGGACUACAGCAUUUUGUAAGUUUCCUUUACUACGAUAAAAAAUUUGCUUUGAAUUUUACAAGAUUCAAAACUAUUUUCGGUUUUUCCCCAAGCGACAACAUCUGUUCCAAUUAUUACAAGAAUAAAAACUCAAUAGAGACUGUGACUAGAGUCACAGUAAUUUGCACUAGCUGACCUUUGUCAGUUGAAGGUCAAGGAAAAGUUGCACCCUGCCGCCCUGAAAAAAAAAAAAAAACCUGAUUGAAAAAUCCCAUUUUUAAUGGAUCAUUCCGGAUGAGUGAUCCAGAUCAGCACCAAAAGUCAUAGCAACUUUAAUUCAGCCCGGAUGUAUUCUUCAUGUGUUGACUGGUUGAAAACUGAGGGAGAAAUGGCGUCCUAAAACAUUAGGAUGAUAAUAAUAUGAAAGUAGAAAGAGCCUGAGUGAGAGGAACAAUUUGUGCGACUGCUGCUUGUGCAAACUGAUUACUAAAAACCCUUUAACUUCAUUUACUCCAUAUCUUUGAAAUGUAUGAAGCAGCGUAACAUCAGAAUCUCAUUCCAUGAUUGUUUUUCCCUCCUCAGACUGACAGGUUCAUUUCUAUAGAUCACCACCUUUAAUUGUCUAAUUUAACACCGUCAAACAUCGUCUGAGCCCCGCCUUCUUUUCCAUUCAGUUGAACUGGAAAAGACAUUUCAAGUGAUGUAGCACCGAUUUUGCGAACACUGGCGCGCUCGCAUCAGGAUCAUUAUUUGCGUGAGCCGAGGUGAACGGUUGAUUAAUAUUACAGUUUAUUUUAUCAGAACAUCAAGAUAGAAAAAGUGACUUGAGCCGGUUAACCUGAGCAGCUAACACCGAACGAUAGGGAUGAUGGGAGCUCGUUACAACUCUGCAAAUCCUUCAUGAUGAUAUUCCGACUUUGAAAUCACUCGAAUGGCGAUUUGGUGUAAGGCUGUAAUGAAAUAAUUGUCAUUAAUUUCUUCAGCAGCUGAAAUUCGGUGUGUGCAGGUCAGUUAGGGCGAGUGGGACCAUGCAGAGGCACCAAAAAAGGAACCGUCACAGGAACCGUAGGGCUUUAAACGCACUAAGAAGUGAGAACGCAGCAUGUGGGCAUUCGUUUUCUACAGCACCAGUUAAAAAUUUGGACACGCUUUCUAAUUCAAUUAAAUGCUUUUCUUGAUUUUUAUUGUUCGUCACUUCACGUUCGUUACAUUUACAGUAAUGCUGGAUGUCGUUUCUCUUUCCUUAGUUGUUCAAUUCUUGAUAGAAUACUGCAUGGAUUACUACAGCUGUGGUGUUUAUUUACAUUAUUAUUAUUAUUAUUAUUUACUGUUUGAUCUUGAACGCAUUAAGAACAAAAUAAACUCGUCCACUAAUGACCUUUUGAUGAGACACAUCUGUUAAUUGAAAAGCGUUCCAGGCGACUCCCUCAUGAAGCUGGUUAAGAGAAUGACAAUAGUGUGGAAAGCGUCAAGGGAAACGCUGGAUACGCUGAAGAAUCUAAAAUAAAAUAUUAAAUACUUGGGUUUUUUAAACACUUUUCCACAUAAUUCCGUAGAUGUUCCAGAUGUUAUUCCACAGUUUUGAUGUCUUCAGUAAUGUUCUGUUAUGUAGAAAAUAAAUGGGUCGUUCUUCAGUAACAGAAUCACAUUCACAGCAAAACGUGGUAACUUUUGUAGUUGCAGUCCUCAAGAUAAUGGAAUGAAAUAAAAAUUUCCCGCUGUAUGGGGUCUCCUUUAACUCUGAACACAAAAUAUUUUACGAAGAAAGAAAAGUCAGUAACGGAAUUACAUCAGAGAAAAAACCAGCUUUGAUUUCUUAAAAUUCAAACCUGGAUUUCUCUGAAGCGACGUUGCUGUAACUGGAGUUGUGAUGAUUUUUAAAUCUGGUUUUCGGUACAUUUUGCCUUGGAUUCCAGACUUUAGCAAAAUCGCUGAGCUGACAAGUUAAAGCAAUCUUAAUCAUCUCAUCAUUUUGGCGCCUCUGCUGAAGAAUUGCCCAAAUACAGGGGAAAAAAACAAAAAACUUAUGAGUAGGAGGGGUGUACAAACUUUUGACUGGUACUGUGUGCGUGUGUGUGGUUUUCAGUGACAUUUGAAUUACUUUUUUUUUUUUCUUCCAGUUCUUUGAAAAUGAGGUAUGAUGCUGUAAAGAAGCAACACAUUCAAGGUGUCUUUUUGAAGACCAAUCUGUGUGUGUGUGUGUGUGUGUGUAGGGUCCAAGAUUUCUUCAGUUCCCCAAUCACAGCCUGUGAUAUACAGUUUAUCAAAUGCGUAUCGAGGAAAAAUAAAUGACUGCUUUGUUUGUUUCAUGAAUGUGAAUCAGGUAAUUUUGUUAACAUUGCCAGAGGUUAAAAACUUUUGAAUGCAAUUAAAAUAAUUCUGCAUAACCCAUACUCUACAGCUAUUGAUAUUUUAUUUGAUAAACAUCUGUAUUACUAUAAUAUUCUUAUUAUUAUCAGUAGUAGUGUCGUUCCUGAUACACUCACUGAUCUAUACUGAUGGACAGGGUAUAUGGGGUGCCAAUACUUGUAGUCAUACAGCAGAUGGACUACAGUCAGUAAGUCCAGACCUACAGAAUGACCAGUGGCUGAAGCUUGAGGUGUUCUAUUGCUGUUCUAUAAUGAACCUCUACAUGUUAAUGAGGUCGGGAGUUGGAGGGGGUUUGGUCGUUUCCAGGCCACGAAUGAAAACCCGUUCAUCAAUAAUUCAGAUUCAUAACUGCAGCUAACUUUUCUUCAUCAAUCAUGUGUGUUAAAUCAUUCAGCUCCACUGCCUCGAACAGUAUACGGAGUACCUGAGAAUAAACACACCAGAGUCGUUAUUAUCGCUCGAUAGCAGAGCAGAUUUCUUUCAGUGACCCCCUGAUUGGGUUUGAUGAUGAUGAUGAUGAUGUGAGUUGAUUUGGUGUGUGUGUGUUCUCUAUAAAGUUGGGACCAAUCUGUCCUAGAGAAAAGAGUUUACUUUAGUAAAAGCUGCUUUAGUUUAUAGGAAGAAUAAUGCUGAAUGACACGUGCAGGGGAAAAAACAAAUCUAACAAACCCUGAACCAUGUGAUUUCUAAUGACACUUUUCCAUCCAGACUGGGUUUCGAGCUGGAGGACUUAAUGCUGUAGUGCUGUUUAUCUGAGAAGAUUGGAGAGAAUUUAGUGAAUUAAUUUGCACUGAGAUUUAUCAUCUUCGUUCUGUUCAUGUUAAGACUAACAAUGCAAAAUGUAGAUGAAAUAUUGUUUUAGAUUUUGCAUUAAAGGAAGUUUGUUGACAUUC